AUGGAGGAACAUGAAGUUGGCCACACCAAGGUCGUAUUUUUGGAGCCAAGGAUCCUCUUCAGUAAUAGCCCUCAAGGUUUAACAACUUGGAGGAAAGCGAUUCUACACAAUGUAGGACAAAACCAUGCUUAUUUCAAGGUUUGUGACCAGAGUCUUUUGUCUACCAUUAAUAUUGUUCCAUCACAAGGAAUAAUUCCAUUUGGGGGACUAACUGUUCUCAAUAUCUCCUGUACACCAACUGUAGCAGAAAAAUUUGAUACAAGAGCAAAGGAACAAAUUCUGCAUAACAAGAAAUGCGAUGACAACUGCCAGAAUAAAUCUUGUGACAUUUAUAAUAUGGUUGCUAUUCGCCAUGCAAAUGUCAUAGACCUUAGGAUUGGUGGAUCUGUUGAGAUUGCUGAUGUGGAAAUUAACCCGGGCGUAUUUAACUUCAGUGGUACCUAUGUUGGCGCUACUCAGAUUAUUCCAUUUAUAAUAAAAAACAAAGGUAUAACACGUGCCAGAGUGGAAUUUAAUCUACAAGACUUUGAAUAUUUUUCUCUGGACUUCCAACGUAUUAGGGAAGAGGAGCAAGGCUCCAGUGUUUCCCGGCUUUUGGUUGUAAGAGGGCAUUUCACAGACCCUGCAUUUCCUGACAUAUAUUCUCUGGAGGUAGAGGAAGGGACAUCUCUGGAAUGUGGCAUAGCAUUUUCUCCCAAAGAAGUGGCAACGUAUGACUUUUGCAUUCAAGUUCAGAUUAAUUUCUUUGAGGCUUCAGAACUUUACACUAAAUGUUGUUUGUCAAAAUCUCCUAUGAUUCCAAAGACAACACCACUUAUUCGACCAUGCUAUGUUCAAGCUACUGUAUUGCAAGCACCAUUGAGAUUAUCCAGCACUGAUUUUACAUUUGAAAUCCCAUUUUAUACUAUGGAUCCUAAUAACAAAGUCACAAAAACUCAGGAUCUUGUCUUACAUAAUACUUCAAAACAAGAUGUGAAAUGGACUUUGGAUAUUAGUAAUAAUGGCAAACUUUUCAAAGAUGGCACAUUCAAGAUUAGUGUGCUGAGUGGGAUUCUGCAACCACAUAAUGAAAUUAAUGUUUCCAUAAGUUUCUGUCCAAGUCAUCCUACAAAAUACACAGCCGAUAUUCCCAUUCAUCUAAAUGAUAAUCCAAUUUGCUAUCGAAAGUUAUGUUUGGUUGGAGAGGUAAAAUCACCCAAGUUAUCGUUUGACCCUCCAUUCAUAUUUUUCGCUCCUGUUCCUCUGGACGUAACAACUAAGAUGAAUGUCAACAUUUUACCUCAAAACUAUUUCAGAGAUUCCACUUUAGAUGUCCAGAUUCCCACAGUGAGCCUUCUUGAUGGUGAUGAGGCUCAACCUCUUUCUGUAACGUUUCCAAAAGGCUGUAUCAUCACAGGGUCUUCCAGUGGAAUAAAUGCUCAGCUCACCUGCCACCUCAGCUUUAAAUCAUCUAAACCUGUGUCAUUUUUCACCGAUAUUCUUUUCUGUGAUAACAGAGAUAACUGGUUUUUACUUCCAGUUACUGGAACAGCAGAAAACUGUCUUCUUACUAUUUACCCGUAUAUGGCAACUCAUCUUGAUAAACAAACAAUUAUUUUAAAGGAAGAUAAGAGUGACAUUUCUGUGAAGAGUGGAGAAAAUGUGUUGCUUCCCUACCAAGAAGCUGGUUUACUCUCUUCUACUUUCACUAAAUGUAAUGAUGCUGAGCCUGCAAAGAAAAAAUUAUUUGUUGGAAUCGAAAUAAUACCUGAAAGAUUGAACUCGGGCAAAAGUAAAACCUCAAAGGAAGACAAAGAUAAAUCUAUGAAAAAGGAGGAGAAAAAUGAGCACUUCUCUUCUCUUGAAGAAGGAACAAAGGCAUAUGACUUCUUUGAAAAGGUUGUACACGCUGCUCAGACCUGGUUCAGUCUCUUUGGCUGGCCUGAAGGACCCCAUUCUCUUUCUAUUCCAGAAACUAUAAGAAGGUAACAGUUAGGUGUUUCUCUAAAUCCCUUGCUUUGUAUCAUAUAAUAAAAUGUAAUAUAUUCUUUGAGGUUGUUUUAAGUGAAACACAAUGUUAAAUUAUUUUGCUCUACACUCAUAAAUUAUGAGGACGCUAUUCAGAAAAGCAAAAGAGUGCAAAUAUAGAUUCUUUAGU